AUGAUCAAGCGUGUCCAGCGGAAUGCUGAACCCCUGAGAGAUGCACUGGCACUACACAAAACCAACGUCACCAUGCCAACAGCAACUGAACUGGAGAAAAUGAAGAAGCUUCAGGCUGCGUUGGAGCAGUGCAGGUAUAUAUCUGAACUUCUGGGUGGAGAGAAGUAUGUUUCUUGCUCAGUGGUACUGCCAGCAUUGUGUCAUCUGUCCCGAGUGAUGGAGGUCACUGAGGACGACCCAUCCUACAUGAUCAAGUUCAAGGAAACCUUCACAGCAGACCUGGAAGCUCGCAAGGAGAAGACCAAUGUUACAUGGCUGAGAGUUGCGACAGCACUUGACCCAAGGUUUAAGGAUCUCAAGUGCCUAAGCAAACCUGACAGGGUUCAGGUGUGGGAUUCAGUCCGCGCCUUGCUCCAGGAGAUGGAGAAGGAGAAGCCUGCACAGCCCGAUAACCAAGUCACACCUGAGCCGGCCACGAAGAAACCAGCUCUCUUGCUUGCACCAGAGUCUUCGUCUGAUGAAGAGGAGGACAGUAUUGAGAAAUGUCUGGAGCGCUACAAGGGAGAGCCUCUCAUUGGCAUAGAGGACUCUCCUCAGGAAUGGUGGCUCACAAACAAGGUCUGCGUCAGGUGCUGGGGAACCAGAGCACCUUGA